AUUCCAAUUUUUGUUCACCUAUUUCCCCAAUGAACGGCCUUGGCUUUUCCUCUUUCUCAACUCUCUCUCUCUUUCUCGCUUUGGUUUUUUAAAUUUUCUUCCCUUUGGCUCCUCACAAUUAACUAUUCUUACUUCCUUUUCUCUUGUGACGCAUUGCACAAGUAAAAGAAAUAAACAAACAGCGCAUGCAAUGGCCAUUGAUUGUAUGAUCACGAAUGGAAAAUCACCCAUGCUAGAUGAGAAAAAACCAUUGAUUUUUGAUGCAUCACAUAUGAAACGUGAGUUCAACAUUCCCACACAAUUUAUAUGGCCCGACGACGAGAAGCCUUGUGCCGUGGCACAAGAACUUCCCGUCCCCCUUAUCGACUUAAGGGGUUUCCUUUCAGGUGACUCGGUCGAGGCCCAACAAGCGUCUAGGCUUGUUGGGGAAGCGUGCCAGAGUCACGGUUUCUUUCUUGUAGUGAACCAUGGAGUUGACUCUAAUCUCAUCUCCGACGCCCAUCGUUACAUGGACACGUUCUUUGAGUUGCCGCUCUCUGAAAAACAAAAGGCUCAGAGGAAAAUUGGUGAGCAUUGUGGCUAUGCCAGUAGCUUUACUGGAAGGUUUUCGUCAAAGUUACCUUGGAAAGAGACACUAUCGUUUCGAUACUCUGCUGAACAAGAUUCAUCUCAUAAAGUUGAAGAGUAUUUCCAAAGGACAUUGGGUGAAAGUUUUAACCAUCUUGGGAAUGUUUAUCAAGAAUAUUGCAGCUCCAUGAGCACACUUUCUCUUGGGAUCAUGGAACUCUUAGGGAUGAGCCUAGGCGUAGAGAGGAGCCAUUUCAAGGAAUUUUUCGAAGAAAAUGAUUCCAUAAUGAGACUGAACUACUAUCCACCGUGCCAGAAACCAGAGCUCACCUUAGGAACGGGACCUCAUUGUGAUCCAACAUCAUUAACCAUUCUCCAUCAAGAUUGUGUUGGCGGGCUUCAAGUUUUUGUGGACAACGAAUGGCGUUCCAUCGCUCCAAAUUUCAACGCCUUUGUGGUUAACAUAGGCGACACGUUUAUGGCGCUUUCAAAUGGAAGAUACAAAAGUUGCUUGCACAGAGCAGUGGUAAACAACAAGACUCCUAGGAAAUCACUUGCUUUUUUUCUUUGUCCAAACAAGGAUAAGGUGGUGAGCCCACCAACAGAAUUGGUGGACUCCAACAACCCUCGAAUAUAUCCCGACUUCACAUGGCCUACACUCCUUGAGUUUACACAGAAGCAUUACAGAGCUGAUAUGAACACACUUCAAACUUUCUCAAAUUGGCUUCAACACAAUACUGCACAAGUUUAAGAGCUGUGUAAUAUUCAAGAUCGAAGACCACGGAGUUUUCUUUAUAUAUAUGUGUACGCAUUCCCUAGCUCGGACGAAGAAUAUGACAAUGUACAAAAAUUGAAGGGAACUAGUGAAAGCUUAGGGGUCGCAGGCAUAGCGGAAAUGUCUCUUUUUAAAAAUCAGAAGAAGAAGAAUAUUUGGAAAAAAAAAAAUAGAAAACAUGACAUGUUCUUUUUUCCCAUGAAAAGUUGAGUUAAAAAAGUAAAUAUAGAGGAGAUAGGGAAGAACAAGGAAAGGAAUAAAUUUGUUGUAUAACUUAGUUUUGUUUAUUUGACGUAUUGAAAAAUAUAGAGAAUAUUACGAAUA